UUAUGUAUGUAUGAACGCACCGCUACAGGUCUUACAGCACAUGGUAACGCCUCCUUUAGCCACAGUAUACGAUGCAUACAUGCACCUGAGGAGCACUAACUGGAUAUGUGUCCCAGCAGCUGAUGUCCUGAUUCUCACGGGACGAGAGAAGAGAAACUGAUGAAAGAAAACCUUUGUGAGAAUGUUUUUUAUUUAAACAACAAGAAAUCAAGCGGAGAAGGACUGAUUGUUAUGCUAUUAGGUUAUGUUAUCCUUAGAUGAUUACCAAUCAAUCUUCCUACUCAUACUGUACGUGCAGGUUUUCUGAGGAUCAACUAAUCAAGAUUGAAAUGAAAAAUGGUUAACCCUUAAAUCUUUUGAGCUGUUAGGAAAUAUUGCGGCAGCAGCGUGAACCUUUGCACAGUGUUUUUUGCAUUUCCUCAGUAACCGUCAGUCCAUGCCCCGUUUCUCUGCAUAGGUAUGUACCUGCAUAGAAGUGGCCGCCGUUCCUAAAUGGUAGGAGUCACAUUGUUGAGAUAUUGCCUUUGACCUCAUUCAACAUACAUUCUUUCCAUUUUUAAACAAGUUCUUUUUUUUUUUUAAGCAGCUGUGUUUUUUGAGCUCAAACCUCUUUCACAUCUGUGUCUACAGACUGAAGGCUGACUGCUGAUCACCGGGACCUAAUGGCCUCCAUGCCUCCAAAACACUUCAUCACUGUCUUCACCUUCCUGCUGUGCAUCGCUGCCAUCGGGGUGUUUUUCGGAGAACCCGAAUUUUCCCAGGACUUUUUCCAGCAGCGUGACAAAAGCGCCUGCGAUUGCGGGAAGUGUUUGUCCAAAAAUGACACAUGGUUUCUGAGGCGCUUCAACGAGUCUGUGGAAGUGUUUUUGUCAGAAGGAAGCAAUCUGUCUGCAGCUAGUUUCUACUGGUGGAAGUAUUUACAGACGGAGCCACGCGGCUUCACCACAUUCAGUGAAACCGUGAAAUUCCUGUUUCGGAUCUUUCCACCGAAUCCACAAGUCUUAGAACGCACACCAGAACAAUGCAGAACAUGUGCUGUGGUGGGAAACUCUGUGAAUCUGAAGGGAUCAGGCUACGGUCGUCUGAUAGAUGGACACGAUGUCAUCAUAAGAAUUAACCGAGGCAAAACGUUGGGCUACGAAGCCGAUGUUGGGAACAGAACCACUCACCGCGUCAUGUACCCAGAAAGUUCUGUGGACUUGGACGACACCACUCACCUCAUCCUGUUCCCAUUCAAGCUGAAGGACCUUGAGUGGCUCAUCAGAAUCUUCACUGUGAGACAUAUCGGAGCGAAGUGGUCACCAAAAGAUGUACUGUUCAAGAUCAAUGGAAACCGGGACCUGGUGUCAGUGUUGAAUCCAGUUUUUAUGAAGUAUGUCCAUGAAUCGUGGCUGAACAAGAAGGGAAGGUAUCCAUCCACCGGCUUCUUGACGCUGAUUCUUGCCCUGCACGUGUGUGACGAGGUCAACGUGUUCGGUUAUGGAGCUGACAAAGACGGAAACUGGGAACAUUACUGGGAAAAGCUCAAAAUCAAAUCAUACAAGACUGGAAUACACCCCGGAACGUAUGAGUACGACGCCAUCCAGAAGCUAGCCAGUAAACAUAAAAUCAGCUUUUAUCCAGGCAGGUGAUCCUCACCACCGCCUCACACGUGACUGAUCCAGACAGGGUCGUGUUUGAAUGCAGGCUGCUACUCACCGUUUGUCACCCAUAGAAACACAGAGAUGUCAUGAGGCAGGGUGGUAAACAGGUGCCACUGGACUGUGGAAUAGCACUUUAAGGCAGUGCUGGACAUAAAUGUGUCGGCACAAAUGAUUGACACUUUGGGCCAAAUAUGGACAUUUUCAGUUUCACUGUUGAGACCAAGGGUUUAGACACUAAUGUCUGUGUGGGACAGCAAAUGUUCAUGGGCAAACAAGCUGUGAAGCCACUACUUUACGUUGUAGCAAAGUGCCAUUUCUUUAGUGUUGUCACAUGACAAGAUAAAAUAAAUGAGAUAUUUAAUAAAAUGUUGGCGUGUCCUUACGUCUGUGAGAUGCUGUACGUCAGAGACGCCGUUAGAAUAAAAAACAGGGUGCACAGUGCUGCCAAGAAGCUGGACAAUAUGACAACGCAGCGUCCGUUCAACAUAAACAGUGAGAGCUGGGAUACAUUUUGGGAGGCUGGUUCAAACCAAGGGUUCGAAUAGGUUCUCGCUGCGGGACAAAACCUCCACAUCUCAGAAGUUAACAACAUCAAACGUAGCUCUAAGGUCACGAAACGACGAUCGUGUGUGUUUUUGCUCUCAGCUUUGUCAGCAAAGCCCAGACUUCCCUCUUCCUGGACGCUUCCUCCAAGGCGUCCCAGCAUCCGCAUCGUCAGGUCAGAGUCAUGACGACCAUUAGACAAACAUCACGGUUAGAAGGACGGUCCUGUCAGCUGCAUUCACACCUGAUUACAGUGUUCUAAUAUUCACCAAACGGCCCAGUCACUCUUCAUGCCGUCGCCACCAGGUCAAAGCUUUUUCAGAUGCACAUAAAGGAUUUCUCUCCGGUUCUCUUUCAUACCUAAUCUCCUAAUGCACGGCUCGGUGAUGUGCAGCCUUGAUUAUUAUUUCGUAAAUGUGUGGAAGAUUAACUACAAUUAAAUUGUAAUUGCAGUCUUGCUGAGCAGUAACAAGAUGCUAAUGGACAUCUACAGCCUAUGAUUGGACUGGGAGAUUGCUUUAAAAACGACUCUCGGAGGAUAAAGGAGUCAGACAGCGUGGGUCUGGUUAAGGGAAGUCCUGACUAAUGACUGCCAAGUCCCAGCGAAGGCCAUUGGUAGCAAUUAUUGUUAUCCUACUGAGUUGGUCACAGUUUGCUUUAGAAUUUCUUCCAGACUGUAACGAAUGAGGCUUCUGGUACUUUUGCAGAAGAGCCAAAGAGCAAGAACAGAGGUGAACUGCACAUUAUUGCACUGACUUUGACCUUUACUCAUAACCUGUUUUUCAAUCCCUAUGUUUCUCAUAUUUGAGACGUGUUACAAAGAUAAGAGCUUUCAGAAUUCCCACCAACAACUGUAGACACCAGAAGCUCUUCUGACGCUGAGCUACUUUGCUAGGUGCUCGUUCUUUGUGGUUAGAUGCUCUGCUCCUGUUUCUGCCCUUAAUAUAUCUUUGCAUAUGUAAUUAUACUGUAUGUGACCAACAUGACCCAUGACACAGCAACACAGAUGUCCAGUAACAAAGCUUACAGUAGUUAAAGUUGUUGAGUGAGUUUAUUUAAUGCUUUGUAUCAUUUAACAUUGUUAGAAUUAUUUAGGUUUGGCACAGUUUGACUGAAAACCUCUUUAUGAAAAGGUUUUGCUUACCACUGCUGAUCAGGUGUCAGUUAAUGCCUCUCAGUUCCCUCCAUCUCCUGCAAGCAGGCAAACAAAGAGGGGGAUUCUAAUGCAAUGCAAAACUGUUGUAUUGGUUUUUUUUCUCUAUUUGGCAUCAAUAUAAGAAUGCAAAUAAUUUCCAACGAUGAUGAAAUAAGCAAUAGUCAGAGACGUUAGGAUCUAGCAGACAGAAACCUAGCUGAACAUGUUUUACUUUUGUACCUACAGUAUGCCCAUCACUAUUUCUAAUACCUACAGUGCCCCCUAGUGGUCAUGGCCACGAACUACCUCACAGAGCCUUUUUCCCCUUAAGAUUAGUGAAGCUUUGCUGGACACUCAACACUCACGUGACCUUUCGAAACACUUUGAAACGGCAUUCUGGGUAAACACAGUUAAUCAUAAACUGUUUCCAUGGCAUUUACCAUUACGUACUGAGGUUCUUUGCAUUUUUAAAAACCCGUGGCCUCUUACCGACGAGCUUGGAGGUGACAUUUAUGACAUUUGACAGGGUAUUUACCUUCCAAAUGUCAACCAAUCAUGCGGUUUACUCUGUGGAACAGAUACAUGCACGUGCAAGACAUGCUUUAAAUAUAACACGGGUUCCUGGGUGGAGGUGGGAACAAAACCUUGACGUUACAAUGAAAAAAAAAAACCCAGUAAAUGUUUAAGGGCUUUAUUUCCCUUAUUUCCCAUUUUGCCUCAUUCGCCCUUUCCACCCAAGGAGCGUUUGCAGCCCAGGUCAUCCUCGUCACAUAAAAAAAACACCGCUUGACAACAUGCACAUUUGUCACAGCACAAUAAACCGUGAUAACAGUGUUUUCCGAGCUUUUGUUGUCCAUGUGCUGAGCAGGGAUUCAUCAGGGGGAGUCAACUUGAUGUCUCUAUACAAAGCAGGACGCUCUGUGGCGCGCGAAGGGUUAAGUUUCUAAUUAAAGUAAUGUGAGGCAGCUCUGAUAGUGUUGUCUGAGAAUUACAAAGCACUGGGACUGUUAGCGUUGCCAUUUAAAGUGCAAGUCUCCGGUUAAAUCCUGGGUGUGUUUAAUUAAAGAGCAGUCAGGAACUCAUCACACUAAUGCGCCCAUUUUUUAUCUUCUUCUCCACUCAUAAUGACGAGCAGCCGAAAUGUACUGUAAGAAGGAAGACGGGAAAAUUACAAGACAGCAGCUCCUUAGUCGUCCUGGCUGAUUUUUUAAGAAAAACAAUGAUGGGAACAAUCACGAGCAUCAGCUUUGUGCCUGAUUCAGGAUUGCAGCAGUGCAUCAUUCUGAUUAAACACUUGACUAAUUUAAUCGUAUUUAACUGAGAAUUGCUUCUGAGGAUAAUCACAUUUCCCACAACUGGGACCUUCUUUUAUGCUAUUACGAUGGACGUUCAUAACCGCAGUGUCACUGAGCGCAGCAUGAGACAAGUCCAAACAAUACAUCUGACAG